CAUUGACCAUUACCAACAAUCUCUCUCUCUCUCUCUCUUAAAAGUGUCUGUUACUUAGCACUGUGGCCUUGCCUGUUUUUGUUGGUUCUACUUGUAAUUGUAUUCAAUAACCUAUGCCAGUGAGGGCGGUUCUGUCACAUAUGGCAGUCUCAAAACUCUGCAAAUUCCAGAGCUUUAGUUUUAAGAAAACGAUUGAUUGGGUUUCUUCCACCAAACCCAUUUCUGGGUUUUUCUAUAGACUCUAUUCUCAUUGCUUUGCUCUCACUAUUUGUAGCUCUUCUUUAAUUUAACAUCAUUUUUUUGUUCUUGCUUCAAGUUAUCGACUCCUUAUUUAGUAAUUUAUUCGUUUAUUUAUUCUUGUAUUGGUGUUUUUAAUUUCUUCAUCAUCAUUGAGAAGUUUGGGUAAGAGAUUUUUGAGAUUUUUUGUUAUAUCUGAUGGGGGUGGGGAUGGCAGCCGUUCUCCAGCUGGUGAAACUCUGUGUCAUUGGCUUUGCUUUGGCUGUCCAAGGAUCUACAGAGUCCAAUAUAUCCCCGUCUCCAGCAACUUUUUCUUCAGUUCCUCUGUUCGAAGGAACACCUGGUCCAGCCCAUCACAGAAAGUCAUGGAGAAGCAGUGCACCAAGCUCAUCAUCCCAGCCAAACGGGUCAGAUUCUCACCCUCCACUUGCAUUACCACCUCUUACAUCUGCUCCAGUGCCCCGAGGGACCCAAGGGCUUGUACCAACAUUGACACCAAGCACUCCACCUGUAUCCCCACUGCAUCGGACAGCUCCUCCACCUUCGGCUGUUCAAGGACAUGUCCCGUCCAUGCCACCAAGCGCUCCUCAGACACCAGUUUAUAAAACUCCUGUUUCAUUGCCAGUUGCUGCUCCAGUGGCAACUCCAAGUAAGUUGCCCCAAAAUUCACCAGUCAGCCACCCAAGUAUGCCGGGAACUUUGUCACCUAGCUCUCAUCAUAGAAAAACACCAGAUAAUAAGGCUCCCAUACCAGUGCCAAUUACUCCAGUAUCUGUUUCAUCGCCACCGGGGAGAUUUGGACGAUAUCCACCUGCAAUCCACCCAAAUAUGCCAGAAAUAGCACCAUCCACAUUACCCGCACCAGUCGCAUCACCAACGAGUGAAUUGCCACAAUAUUCACCAGUCAGUCACCCAAGUAUGCCAGGAACUUUGUCACCUAGCUCUCAUCAUAGAAAAGCACCAGAUAAUAAGGCUCCCAUCCCAGAGCCAAUUACUCCAGUCUCUGUUGCAUCACCACCGUGGAAAUUUAGACGAUAUCCACAGGCAAUCCGCCCAAAUGUACCAGAAAUAGCACCAUCCACAUUACCUGCACCAGUCGCAUCGCCAAUGAGUGAAUUGCCAAAAAAUUCACCACCUCUACAUCCAGUUAUGCCUGGUGAAUCCCCAUCCAUAUUACCAGACCCUGAUGUCUCGCCUGAAUCAACUCCUCCUCCAAGCAUUGGUUGGCAGAGGGAUAGAAUUCCAGAGGCUGCACCUCCACAUGAAACACCUACGCCAUUACCCCUUGUGGACCAUUCUCCAGCUCAAGGUUCUUUUCCUGCCGUAGCUCCUUCCACACACAGGGCUAUGAGGCAUUCUAAUUACGCUCCUGCACCAUCUCUUUUAUCUCCUAAAUCUCCAUUAGACAAAGGUUAUCAUUCUCCUGCGUCUUCACCUUCAACCUCAUUUUAUAAGCAUUAUCAUGCAAGGAACAAUAUCACCAGCCCUGCUCCAGCAUCAUCAUAUCUGGUUUCUCCUCCCACCUCAAAACAGCAAGGUCCGGUCAUCUCUCCAGCAUUACUUCCAACAAGUGGGGGAACACACUUUGCUCCUCCUCCCCUGAAGCCAGGCUCUUCAGUUUCCCAAUCCCAUUUCCCCUUUCCUUCACCAAUGAGCAAUGCUUCACCUGCUCCUUCUCCACCUCCAAGAGCUGCACCUGGCCACACUAAAAUGCCCUUUCUUCCCCCUAAUGUUUCUCCUUCUAAGUCUACAUCGAAGAGUCCAAAGAUACCAGUCCUGCCACCACUUAAAGCAUUCCCACCUCCGCCUCCUAAUGAAGAUUGCUCAUCAACCAUAUGCACAGAACCCUAUACGAAUACUCCUCCGGGUUCACCUUGUGGCUGUGUUUUGCCCAUCCAAGUUGGUCUGCGCCUUAGUGUUGCUCUGUAUACCUUCUUCCCUUUGGUAUCAGAGCUGGCUAAAGAAAUUGCUGCUGGGGUUUUUAUGAAACAAAGUCAAGUUCGUAUUAUUGGAGCCAAUGCUGCUAGUCAACAACCAGAGAAGACUGAUGUCCUUAUUGACUUGGUACCCUUGGGGGACAAGUUUGAUAACACCACAGCCUUAUUGACUUUUCAGAGAUUUUGGCACAAACAAGUUGUUAUACAAGCUUCCUACUUUGGUGACUACGGAGUAUUAUACGUACGCUAUCCUGGUUUACCCCCAUCUCCGCCUUCUCCUUCGGGCAUUAACAUAAUAGAUGGUGGUCCUUACUCUGGUGUUGACAAUAAUGCAAGGACAAAUAAACCCCUUGGGGUUGAUGUGCAUAAAAGGUGGCAUAAUGAUGGGCUUGGUGGUGGCAUAAUUGCUAUUAUUGUGAUUUCAGCUUUUGUAGCAGUGGUCUUAUGCUCUGCUGCUGCUUUGGUAUUUCUCUUCAAACAUAGAAAGCUUGUUUGUGAUCCAGUGCCAACUCCACGGGUUUUGCCCCCUUCCCACAACAAACCAUCAGGCCUUGGCGGGUCUUUGAUUGGAAGUGGACCCAGUUCUGUGUCAUUAUCAUUUGGAUCUAGCAUCGCAACUUAUACUGGAUCUGCUAAGACUUUCAGUACGAGCGACAUAGAGAAAGCCACUGACAAUUUUGAUGCUUCAAAAAUACUUGGGGAAGGUGGCUUUGGGCUUGUUUACAGUGGUGUUCUUGAAGAUGGGACCAAAGUGGCUGUCAAAGUUUUAAAGAGAGAUGAUCAGCAGGGUGGUCGGGAGUUCUUAGCUGAAGUCGAGAUGCUGAGCCGCCUUCAUCAUCGCAACCUGGUCAAGUUGAUUGGUAUAUGUACAGAGGAGCGCACCCGCUGCUUGGUUUAUGAACUCAUUCCAAACGGCAGUGUGGAAUCCCAUUUACAUGGCAUUGACAAGGAAACUGCUCCACUUGAUUGGGCUGCCCGUAUGAAGAUAGCACUUGGUGCUGCUCGUGGUCUAGCUUAUCUGCAUGAGGAUUCUAGCCCUCGUGUCAUACAUAGGGACUUCAAGUCCAGCAACAUCUUGUUGGAGCAUGAUUUUACGCCAAAAGUGUCAGACUUUGGUUUGGCUCGAACUGCCAUGGAUGAGGAAAGCAGACACAUAUCGACACGUGUCAUGGGAACUUUUGGGUAUGUGGCUCCAGAGUAUGCAAUGACUGGGCAUCUUCUUGUGAAAAGUGAUGUCUACAGCUAUGGAGUUGUCCUUCUUGAGCUUUUGUCCGGGAGAAAGCCAGUAGACAUGUCACAACCACCUGGCCAAGAGAAUUUAGUUGCAUGGGCCCGUCCACUCCUCACUAGUAAAGAAGGGUUAGAGACAAUUGUAGAUGAAUCUCUAGGAUCUGAUGUGGCUUUUGAUAGCGUUGCCAAAGUAGCAGCCAUUGCAUCAAUGUGUGUACAACCGGAGGUAUCGCACCGCCCGUUUAUGGGUGAGGUUGUUCAGGCCUUGAAACUAGUAUGUAAUGAGUGUGAUGAGGCAAAAGUUGGUUCAAGAAGCUUAAGCCAAGAGGAUUUGUCAAUUUGCAUGGACGCUGAGGUCAGUACUGGCUCAGGAGAGUUACCAGAUCCUGUGCAAAGCCAAUACUCACUUCCUAAUUUCAAUUCUGGCAUUGAUACUGAGAGGGGAAUGUCAGCGUCAGAUUUUUUUGGUUCGUCAACAAGAUUUGCGAGGCAGGAAUCUGGGUCCUUUAGGAGGCACUCUAGUUCAGGUCCUUUGAGAAUGGGAAGGGGCAGGUACUUCUGGCAGAGAAUUAGGAGAUUGUCUGCGGGCAGUGUGAGCGAACAUGGGGUUAUGUUCAGGUUAUGGCCAGGUUCGCAUUGAUGCUGAUAAUCCCUUCUCUAAAGGUUGUUUUCUCUUUCAAUAUUUGAACUCAGAUUUGAAAGCACAAGCAGGAAUUUAUCUCAUGCAGAGUAGAAUGGCUUGUUGAGGCUUCAAACUGGGAUGUGAGCAAGUCAUGAAAUGGGAGUGCAGUACUUUGCAGCCCUAAAUAAACUCCCGGAUGCAAAUGCUUUUUGGUAAGGGUGUGAAUCUAAUUUUGAUUAACGGUAAUAAGUGUCAAUUGGUGAUGGUGACAGGGCCUCCAUUGUCUGUUUAUACUUGAUUAAGCCUCAAUAAUUUCGGAUCCUGAAAUGUAUUUGAGGGGGGAAAGGGUUGCUCUUGUUACUGAAAUGUAUAGAACACUUUGUAUCAUGAAAUGCAUCCAUUCCCCCCUUCCAGUGCUGUGAA